AUCCUAGGCGGGGCCUAAUGGGAACGUAUGGCCAAUCAGCGGCGGCGUUACUUUUGCGGCUCCACGUCGGCACCAGCUGCGGGGCAAGAUGGAGGCGCUGAUUUUGGAACCUUCCCUGUAUACUGUCAAAGCCAUCCUGAUUCUGGACAAUGAUGGAGAUCGACUUUUUGCCAAGUACUAUGACGACACCUACCCCAGUGUCAAGGAGCAAAAGGCCUUUGAGAAGAACAUUUUCAACAAGACCCAUCGGACUGACAGUGAAAUUGCCCUCUUGGAAGGCCUGACAGUGGUAUACAAAAGCAGUAUAGAUCUCUAUUUCUAUGUGAUUGGCAGCUCCUAUGAAAAUGAGCUGAUGCUUAUGGCUGUUCUGAACUGUCUCUUCGACUCAUUGAGCCAGAUGCUGAGGAAAAAUGUAGAAAAGCGAGCACUGCUGGAGAACAUGGAGGGGCUGUUCUUGGCUGUGGAUGAAAUUGUAGAUGGAGGGGUGAUCCUAGAGAGUGAUCCCCAGCAGGUGGUACACCGGGUGGCAUUAAGGGGUGAAGAUGUCCCCCUUACGGAGCAGACCGUGUCUCAGGUGCUGCAGUCAGCCAAAGAACAGAUCAAGUGGUCACUCCUUCGGUGAAGACCUCACUGUUCCUGGCUCUUCAUCCUCUUCAAAAAAUUUGCAUGUCUGCUGUGAAUUUUCAUCUAGUUCCCCAAUCGAUGCUCUCAGGGUCAUCUCGGGGAUCACAGGGAUCCUUAAAUCUCCAUUUUGUUUGUGGUUGCCCCCUCAACCUCCCCUACACCCUUCCUAUUCUUUUUCAUUCUUCUUGCAGUUCUGGGAGUAAAGCUCCCAGCAUAUUUAGAUAAUAGGGCAGGGGAAGCACCCUCUUUCUUUCUAGACUGGAUUAUGCUCACAUGCUCCCUUGCCCUGACAUUUUUGUAAAUUCUGUGCCCUUUGCUGUAGCUACACUUCAGAUUAAAGUAGGAGAAAGAAUGUGCUGAGUGUUUUCCUCCCUUUGCCUCUACCUGGCCCUCAUCCCAACAGCCCAGCAAGGGGAGAGAGAAAGAGAAUUCUUUUCUAUAGAACGAGUGGGGGCGGGGAUGGGUAGGGAUUUAUCCAAUCUAAGCCCUAACCCCACUUAGUGACCUCAGUGUUUUCUUCCAUUCCUUCUUACUGCCCUGUCUUCUGCCUUGGAAGAGGCUUUGGGAAUAGCUCAUAGGGAAGGGACAACAUGGAAGAAACAGCGAUUUAAAUUGUAUUGAACAGGGCAUAUAAAAUGCAUUCUGUACCCUGAUCUGGCAUAUAGCUUCAAAACUGCCGUGGUGAGUGUCCAUCUCUUAGUUAGCUACCUUAACUGUCCACCCUUACUACCUGUGGGAUCGUUGCCUGGUUUGUCUUCUCUGUGUCCUGGAGCAAAGCCAGUUCCUAAAACUAAAACUCCAUUCUAGUCUUGGGAAGAAAAGUUUCUACUCAGAACUGGGGAAGGAGUGGAACUUAUGACUUGGGCCUCUAGGCUGUCUCUGUCCCCUCAGCUCCCCGACAUGCAUUUACUCUCUGCCGUGGGUCUGCAGUCGCUGCAACCUACCCUCUCUCUGCCUCAGCCUUACACCCAAGCAGUAGGUCUGUGCUCUCCCUGUCUCUAGGUCGCUGAGAGAGGUGCUUUUCUUCAUAAAACCUUUGGGGUUUGGAUUUCCCCAGGAAGAUGGAGAAUGGAAUACUCACUCUUGGGUCUAAUCUUUCCCCUUGACCCAGAACUUCCUCCCCACAAAAAUGCCUUUAAAAACCUUCCUGAGACUUAAGCAUUCUGCCCCACUUACUAACUGCCAGUUCUCCAGCACUGAGGUGGGGCAGAUAACUGGGCAUAUUUAAGGGGGCAUCUUUGUGUAAAAGAUGCAUGGAGUCAGGAGAUAGCCACCUUCAUAAACUGCUCUGUGCAAAGAGGAAUAAAACAUUUUUUCCAAA